AUGGGUGGAAUCGGGAAGACAUCUUUAGCCAAAUAUGUCUAUGCGUUACAUUCUCAUGAAUUUGACACAAGCAGCUUCGUUGAAGAUAUCAAUAGGAAAUUUGAUGAGAAAUCAAAUGGGAUGCUUGAUGUACAAAAACAACUCUAUAAUGACAUUUCAAAACCAAGUUCAGUUCAAGUUCUUGAUGAUUCUAUAUACACCUCAAUGAUAGAGAAUGCAGUAGCCCGUAAAAAGGUGUUUCUAGUUCUUGAUGAUAUUAGUAGUAUCGAUCAGCUAGAUGCGUUACUUGGAAGCAAAGGUUUUCACCCAGGAAGCACAAUUUUAAUAACAACAAAGGACGCAUGGUUGACACAGAGUAGUUCACCAUUCAAAACGAACAUUAAACCCAAGUAUGCAGAGCACAAGGUUAAAGGCUUAUCUACGAUUGACUCACAAAAACUUUUGUGUUAUCAUGCAUUCAUGUGCAACGAUCCCAAGGCAGGUUAUGAAGAGGUGUCAGGAAAGCUAGUGAAGUAUUGUGAAGGACAUCCAAUGGCGCUUAAAGUUUUGGGUAGGUCCCUGCAUAAUCGAGAUGUAACUUAUUGGGAGGGGUACAUAGACCGACUAAAGAAAGAAAAUCAUUCCCCUAUAAAUACGAUCUUGAGAAUGAGUUUUGACUCUUUGCCAUCAGAAAAUGACAAGGAGUUGUUUAAGCAUAUUGCUUGUAUCUUUGUUGGAAUGGAUAGAUAUGUUACUAUAACAAUAUUAGAGGCAUGUGAUAUAGAGACAAGAUCAGGGAUCACGAAUCUUAUUGACAGAGGUCUUCUUAGUAUCAGAUGGAAUAAAGAAUUGGCGAUGCAUCAGUUGGUUCAAGAGAUGGGAAGAUUUGUGGUACGUGAAGAAUCACUUUACAAUCCAUGGGAACGCAGUCGAAUAUGGGGUCAUGAGUCAUUCAGAGUGUUGAAACAAAAAAAGAGUAUGGAAAACGCUCUAGGCCUCACCCUUGACAUGAGAAUGCUUGAGAAAAAGAAAUUGCAUGGAUCACUUGAGUUGAAAACAGACGCAUUGAAGGCUAAAGCAAUUGAUUGGAUCGUGCUCAAAAGACAAAAGGUUGCUUGGAUCGUUGAAGAUUCUUAGUUUAAGUUUUUGUGAACAGCUUCGUAGUCUUGGUGGCUUUGACCACCUCCCCAAACUUGAGAGGUUGAUACUUAAAGGUUGCAUUGGUUUGCUUGAGGUUUGUGAAUCAAUUGAGCAAUGCCCUGAACUUGUCCACAUUGAUCUGAGCUACUGCAAGAAGCUUGAAAAACUUCCAAGAAGCUUAGGCAUGUUAAAGAAAGUUAGAACACUAUUGCUAAAUGGUUGUUAUUUCGGUGAAUCUCAAAUCAAGAUUAGAGACAUGGAUUCAUUGGAAAUGCUCAAGGCGAACAACGUUGGCAUAAAUUCCAUAACCUCUUCCUCCACCUUUUUCAAGGCUAUACCACGUGAUCCUAAGCUAUUUUCGAUUUUUUUACCGAGAUCUUUAGUAUGCUUGUCACUUGCAAAUAAUAAUUUGUCCACCGAAUCCUUUACCAUUGACUUCAGUUCCCUAUACUUGUUAAAGCUUUUGGUUUUGGAUGGUAAUCCUAUAGUUUCCUUACCCGAUUGUGUUAGAAGCCUUCCUAGGCUUGAGACACUUAGUAUGGUAAAUUGUACAAUGCUGGCAUCACUUGAGUAUCCUCCACAUACACUAAAAUAUAUGAACCUCAAUCAUAUUUCUGAUUAUAAGACUUUGCUACGACAAGUUGUAUUCGAUCCACGAAUGUCUCCACUCGAGUUCUUCAUGAACUGGAAGAUACCUUCGUCGUUUGAAUUUGAAGGCGUUGUUAAAAUCCAACCAAUGGCAGGUGUGGAGGAAAAGGUAUUACAUUGUUUAGGCUGGACUAAGCUAGACUUCAUUAAAGGAAGGCACGUGAUAACUUCUGUUAGUUAUAGAGAACUAGAGGAAUCUGAAAUCCAGAUGUAUUAUGAAUUUGGAAUAUUCAGCACAAUUUAUGAAGGCGAAGAGAUGCCGAAUUGGAUUUCAGAUAGAAGCAUGGGGCCAUCAAUAUCAUUUACCAUCCCAUCAUCUCUAAACAAGCUCAGAGGAUUGAAUUUCUGUUUUGUGCUGACACCCCAUUAUCAAUAUCGUAUCCGUGAGGUUCCAGUGAUGAAAAUUAGUAAUAUAACAAAGAACCUCACCUGGAUAUACCAACAUUACAUUGAGAUAGUCAAUAUGGGUAGAAAGUGUUUGAUGUUGUUAAGCCAUUGGAUGUUUGGUAUGAAUGAAAUGGAUGCUGGUGACCACGUUACUAUUACUGUGAGGUUGGCACAAAGUGAUGCAGUUACUAAGGAGUGUGGGGUGAGUUUUAUGUAUGAUGAAGAAGAAGAAGAAGAAGAAGAAGAAGAAGAAGAAGAAGAAGAAGAAGAAGAAGAAGAAGAAGAAGAAGAUGUGUUGGGUUAUUACAAGUCAUGGAAUCACAUCAUUGGUGGAGAUCUUACCGCAUUUCAGUUAACAACUGGGGAAUACCUCCUAAGCAAACAUCGAUUUAUGUCGCCUAAUCUUGAUAUACCUUUUCCAAGCUAUAUUUAUCUGUGUGGAGAAGGAGCAUGCUUGAAAGAUGUGCUAUUCUACUUCAAGGCUUUGUCCCAAAGGAAGUCUAGCAUACCGGAGGAUGUCCCCUAAGAUCUGUGUUUUGACAAGGUGGCACUGAUUAUGUGAAUGAGAUUUCGUUCACUCCAUGGAAACUCUCAACAAACUACUCUCAAAAUUCUUUUGCUCCGGUGACAAGGUCUGAAUCGGCUCUGUUAGGUGCAUUUAAUAAAACGUGUCACGGCACAUAGAAUAGUUUAGUGGAUUGGGAUUGAUUUGUUGAGUCGUUAAUGGAUGUAAAAAAAUCAGGUUUGAAUGAGUUGUAUAUGUGCAAGCGAGAUGUUAGUUUUUUAAUGGGUAGUUUGAUUGAUUUUCGUGUUAAUAAGAAUAGUUUAGUGGGACACUACCGAUAAACCUUCGGGCGCUGUUGAAUGAGAACGACGUUUUUGUAGUUUUGUUUUGUUUUGUUUUUCUUGUAUAACACAAUGACGACAUGGGCUGAAACUAAAAUACGUAUAAUCUAGG